AGUCCAAAUCAUCAGGAAAGGGUUGAGCCUGGCAGAACAGCUCUGGAACGUGGAAGGACAGUUUGAAGUCUGGAGGUCAUCUGCCCCAGUCCCUUCUUCUUAUAGAUAACCAAAUCGAGGGCUUCAGGUUGCAUGAUGGAAUUUGAACAUUACCACCAGAAGUUUUACAUUUUGGAUUAGUUAAUUGGGUUUGUCCUCUGCUGACUGCUUGUUCGGGCUCGUUUUUUGGUGUCCUUUUGAGGCAUUAAACCCAGAACUUAAAUCAUGGACUACAAGGAAAACUGUCCAAGUGUAAGCAUUCCCAGCUCUGAUGAACACAGAGAGAAAAAGAAGAGGUUUACUGUUUAUAAAGUUCUGGUCUCAGUGGGCAGGAGUGAGUGGUUUGUAUUCAGAAGAUAUGCAGAGUUUGAUAAACUUUACAACACUUUAAAGAAACAGUUUCCUGCUAUGACCCUGAAGAUUCCUGCUAAGAGAAUAUUUGGUGAUAAUUUUGAUCCAGAUUUUAUUAAACAAAGAAGAGCAGGACUGAAUGAAUUCAUCCAAAACUUAGUUAGGUAUCCAGAGCUUUACAACCAUCCAGAUGUCAGAGCAUUCCUUCAAAUGGACAGUCCAAAGCAUCAGUCAGAUCCAUCUGAAGAUGAAGACGAAAGAAGUACUCAGAAGCUUAACUCUACCUCACAGAACAUCAACCUGGGACCAUCUGGAAAUCCUCAUGCUAAACCAACUGAUUUUGAUUUCUUAAAAGUUAUUGGAAAAGGCAGUUUUGGGAAGGUUCUUCUUGCAAAACGGAAAAUGGAUGGAAAAUUUUAUGCUGUCAAAGUGCUACAGAAAAAAAUAGUUCUCAACAGAAAAGAGCAAAAGCAUAUUAUGGCAGAACGUAAUGUGCUCUUGAAAAAUGUGAAACAUCCAUUUCUGGUUGGUUUACAUUAUUCUUUCCAAACAACUGAAAAGCUUUACUUUGUUCUGGAUUUUGUUAAUGGAGGAGAGCUGUUUUUUCACUUACAAAGAGAACGGUCCUUUCCUGAACACAGAGCGAGGUUUUAUGCUGCUGAAAUUGCCAGUGCACUGGGUUAUUUGCAUUCCAUCAAAAUAGUGUACAGAGACUUGAAACCAGAAAAUAUUCUUUUGGAUUCAAUGGGACAUGUGGUCUUAACAGAUUUUGGGCUUUGUAAAGAAGGAAUUGCUAUUUCUGACACCACCACCACAUUUUGUGGGACACCAGAGUACCUUGCACCUGAAGUGAUCAGAAAACAGCCCUAUGACAACACGGUAGAUUGGUGGUGCCUUGGUGCUGUACUAUAUGAAAUGCUGUAUGGAUUGCCUCCUUUUUAUUGCCGAGAUGUUGCUGAAAUGUAUGAAAAUAUUCUUCAUAAGCCCCUAAAUUUGAGGCCAGGAGUGAGCCUCACAGCCUGGUCCAUUCUGGAGGAACUCUUAGAAAAAGACAGGCAAAAUCGACUUGGUGCCAAAGAAGACUUUCUUGAAAUUCAGAAUCAUCCUUUUUUUGAAUCACUCAGCUGGACUGACCUUGUUCAAAAGAAAAUUCCACCACCAUUUAAUCCUAAUGUGGCUGGACCAGAUGAUAUCAGAAACUUUGACACGGCGUUUACAGAAGAAACAGUUCCAUAUUCUGUCUGUGUGUCUUCUGACUAUUCCAUAGUGAACGCCAGUGUACUGGAGGCAGAUGAUGCAUUCGUUGGUUUCUCUUAUGCACCUCCUUCAGAAGAUUUAUUUUUGUGAGCAAUUUGCCAUUCAGAAACAACGGAGCAAAUCCAAGCCUAUGAUGGGACUGAAACUUCUGUUUGUGAAUAUAUUCAAAUAUGUAUAACUAGUGCCUCAUUUUUACUUGUAAUGUUGGAAGCUAUGAAAAAUGUAUUUUCUGCUGUAUGCCAGAAAAUAGGGCAUUUCAAAGAGCUAAGUUUUGAAUUAAAAUUUGUAUUCUUGUUUAUUAAGCUUAUUUUUAAAUGGAAAUUUUAAAAGCUAUUAUUCUUAGCAUUAAUCUAUUUUUAAAGAAAACCUUUUGCUAUUGACUGUUUUUCUCCCCUCCAAGUUUACACUAACAUCUACCCAAGACUGACUGUUUUUUAACGGUCUGCUUCACUUAACAUAUGCUAAUACCUUUGUAACUCUACUAUGACUUUUGUUACCAAAUCGGAACUAUGCAAUUGGUACAUGGUUUAAAAAGAACCAUAUUUUUCCAUGAAAAAUCACUGUUGGAAAUAAUCACUUCUUGUUAGGAUUAAAAUGUAAAAGCAUAGCUGGCUGCGAGUUAACAUUUUGAAUACUUGUUAGUUCUGCAGCUCACUGAUGAAGUAACAAAAAAAAAAUCUGUUUUUGAAAUACUAGUUCAAAUUUAUGAAUUAUUUUUCCUCUGGGGGAACAGAAAAGGCUUAAUGGUUAGACAUUUUAAGAAUUCCCAAAGAUAUGAAGGGUAAUAAGUACUGCUGGGUUUUCUUUUUUUUUUAGAUGGUGCCAAAAAUGAAUGUAUCUGUGUCAUGUAUUUAUAUUACAAAUAUAUUCUAUUUAUGUUCUUUUCAUCUUUUUAAAUAUUUAACAUAAUGUUAAAUAAGUCUAAAUUUUAGUAUUUGCUUUUGCAAAUACCUGUUUCAAAUCUCUUUUCCAAAUUGGUUAAGAAAAAAUCUUUUUAGAAUAGUUAUAUAAUUAGGAAUUAAAAAGAAAAAUAAAUUCUGGGUCCCUGAAAAUUAAUAGUAUCAAUAGUUUCACUACAGUGUAACAAAAAUUAAAAAUAAUUCAGGUGGGUGCAUAUUGAAUAUCUUAUGUAUCUUAGAAAAAGUAAAAGAAACUGACCUUUAAAUUCUAAUGAACCAAUUAACUUGUGUACUUGUAAUGGUAAAGAAAAUGACUACAAAAAACUAAACAAGAACCCUCUAUUUGGAAUUCCAGUUCUUGGUUUAGAGGGUUUUCAAGUCAUGUAGGAAACAUUCUAUGAAAGAGUUUAGUGACCCAGUUUAGAUACUCCAAGGACAAGCAUUCCUUUCAUGUAUUUUCUUGAGAAAUCACAAAAGCAUUUCUUACUAAUACCGUUUGGCUUAAAAAUGUUUAGCAGGAUGUGGGGGAAGUGGGUAUGUGCUUUUGUUACAUGAAUAAUAUUUACAUCCAAUACACUGAAUCUUCCUUUAAAGGUAAGACUUUAAUAUCUACACUGUAAAUAUUUUAUUUGU